AUGUCAGAAAAAGAGAAUAAAGUCUGUCGUAAGGAACUCAGUCAAGAUCAGCGAAGUCAAAUUAUCGGUGCUUACUUGUGCGGCGUUAGUCCACUUACCAUUGCAAAAACUUUUGGUUACGCGAAGUCGACAGUAUAUGACACAGUCAAACGUUAUAAAGAAACUGGCUCCAAACACCCAUCUAAACGUCCUGGUCCCCAAAAAAUUCUCUCUGAAUGUGAUGAACGUAUUUUGUCUCGUAUUGCAAAUAAGAAUCGCAAAACACCUCUUACC